AUGGCUGAAGUUCCUAUAAUGUCCCGAAGUUCCAAAGGUGAGCUCCGAUCUGGAUCAGGAGACAAAUCAUUUGUGAUUGGGGAAAGCAACUUUAAGGAUAUCUUGAAUACCGCAGAAAGUUCCGACAACAAUCCCAAAGAUGUCCUGGAAGCCCCGGAAUUAUCCAACAGCAGUACAAGCAAUAAAGCAAUCUUACCUAAAGUUGGAGAACAAAACAUACAGGAUCGGAGUUUAAAUAGCAGCUUUAAUGCUGAUGACACAUUUGACACUUCCAAGUUUUAUGAGAUGUUUUCCUCAAAAGAGCUGCAAUCAGAUAUUAAUAGCUCACCCGGAAAAUUAAGCAGAACAUCUUUUUCAUCAUCUAGUAGAUGCUGGAAUAAUACAAGCUUGCCAGUUACACCAGUGCGGGCAAAGUCCGUGGGAAAUUUGCUUUUCCAGCCUUUUUCCCGUGUGGGAUUCAAUUCGACGCAUAAUUUAGGUACUGAACAUAAUGGUCUUCGGAUAUCUGGAAUGAAUAAAUUUUCCCGAUUUUUCGAUAGCUCGGUAGACGAUUCUGCGAUCUCAGAUCAAUUAUUGAGACCAGAGUCAGCAGGAAUUGAAUAUGCUUCGCCGGUGUCACUUUCAUCUUCUCCUGGACCAUGGCAACCCCCAUCUUUCUGCAAUGGGGAUACUGGGAAAAGAUCUUCAACAUUUGCACAGAAAUCAAGAUUUUUUCCUAACAAGCAAGCAGAAUUAAGAACUCACAACACGCUAAUAUUGCCGUCUACUUCUUUAAAUGAUCCAAUGUCACUCGAAUCCUUAGAAGCGAGCCUCCCGUCAUUACCUGUACAAAAACGAAUUGGUUCGACAAAUAUUUUUUCUGGCUCCUCUUCACCAUUGUCAUUAGCCAUGGUUCCAGAAUUCCAUCCUGCAAGAGAAUCUUUAAGGAAAGCGAAAAGCUUUGAGAAUUUCAACUUGGAGCCGUCCAUGAAUUCGGCGCAUCAAGCAGCUGCUAAUGUGCUCGGUGAAAUGCCUGAAGAUGAAGCCUCACCAACUCCUAAUGGGUAUACAAGCCAUAAUGCUGAGGUUAAGAAUCAAGAAAAUGGGCUUCCUCAGGUGAAUUCCAGAGAGGUGAAAUCAUUUAGAGAGACAGAAAGGCAUCCGAGAGAAUUACAGACUACCAGAUAUACUGAAGUUAACACAGAAAUAGAGGACAAAGAAGGGCAAUAUCAGAAAUUUUAUGACAAUAUUGAGCUGUCGUUGCCAAAGAUUCCGUACUCAGAACGUUCGAGACUGCCAUCUUGUCCAAGUAUUUUGAAGUACAUUCGGAGUAUCAUAACACGGCAGCCUACUCAAUAUAUGGUUUACAUUGCAUCAUUGCCAUAUGACACACCAACAUCGCAAUGUCAUGAACUGAUAGCCCAGGCAUUUAAUAACUUUGGAGAAGUCACUAGUGCAGUAAAAGAUGAACACAGCAGAUGGUCGAAAGUUGCCCCUGAAAAGGAUAUUUUCAUUCGAUACAGAAUAGUUGCAAAAUUAUUCAACGACCAAAGGACACCAUACAAGUCGCAUAGAUUUUUUAAUGAGGUAACUGGCCGCGAUUCGAAAAUGCUUUUGUUUUUCGAUUAUUCUUCGAGUUCGCCCAAUGGUCGUCUUGAAAAAGGUAACCCAUUUGGAUAUUCCAAACAGGAUUUAUCAUCAUACCCUGAAGGAUUUUCUUCAACAUUCCAUAAAAGAGGACUCAAUAAUUUUAUGUUCGUCCGUGAGCUUCAAAGCAAAAUGAUAAUAAGUAAAGUCAGGCUUAGCAAUACCAUAACAAUAGAUAGUGCGGAGUUUAGAGUUUCACUUCCAAUCGAGGAGUUAGGAUUAAGCUUGGAUAGUGAUUCACAUGCGGCAGAUGAUGAAAAUCGGUAUUUAGAAGAUGGUCGGAAUUCUUACAGACGAAUUAGGAGAUCAUAUGUUGUUAGUAUCGAUGUGAGAGACCUCGAGAAUAGGCCAGGUUACUACUAUAAUGGAAAGUUUGGUAGCAGUGAUCAUUCAGGAGAAAGCAACGUAGGAAAGAAUUCUGGCAAUAGUGGAAAGUCACAUUACAACACCCGUAUAAACAAUCGGAACUAUAAUAAAAAGAAAUAG